AUGUCAACAUCUUUCACCAACUAUCUUCUAGCCUCUGUUAGCACCGUCACUAUCCAUCCCGUUCGUCGCACGAAGGACGAAAUGGACAUGCUCAUGAAGAGUGAGUUGGGCAAGCAAGACGAAGACUCCCGCGUUCUGUGGGAGGAGGACCUCCAACCUGCGACCUCCAUCCUUCAGAUCCUCAUCCCGCCAUCCAGUCUUGGAGAAUCGGAAAUUCGAAAGAUCGCUUACAUCAAACAAGUACCGGGGGAGAAAACUCGAAUACAUGGGACUACCAUUUUCGAUAAACAAUGGAAGCUCAACUUGAAGAAUCCCUUUCCGAGGCAGAGGAAACGUAGUAUGCCAAUUCGGCGUGCUCCGUUGCAUGCUCGUACCAAGUCGCAGACAGAUACCGAGUCGCUGACAGAUACCGAGUCACAGACAGAUACCGACGUGGAAGGUGAUUCCAUGCUAGAGACGGAAGGCAGCUUGGGAGAGCAGGCUUUCGUCAAGGUUGGAAGGAAGAGAGCAAAGUCUGCAGAGGAGCCGGAAGAAAAGAAUUGGGAACGUCUUUUCCGGGCGAUAUACUAUUAUAUGCGCGAGAUGCUCAAGGAGCAAAUUCAAAAGCGCAAUAGUGGUCACUCGCGACCCUUUCGCCCUCUACCCUUCAAAGCACUAGCAGAUCUCCGGUACUGGUCCUCAGAGUUCGCUACCAGUCCUAUUCCGGACGCCACUGAUUCGCGGAAGCCUGACCUUGUCCUCCUGGACUACAGGCUCAGAAAGUUAGAUUCCUCCGAAAAGUCCUGGAAGGACGUCCUCACAGGAAUCGAGAUCACCCAAUCUGAUCUUUCCAGCGAUCGCAAAAUUCCUUUGUUCUUGGGCAUCGUCACCAAGGGUUAUCUGAUGAUGCGGGAGCAACCAUGGCGUCGUUUCAUCCUGCUUUUCAGUAUCUCCAAACUCAAACUUCGUGCCCAUUAUUUAGAUCGCUCUGGCAUGGUGGUAUCAGAACCACUCCAGAUUGAUAGAUUCCCCAUACGUUUUGUCGACGUCUUAAAUACUAUCACUUUGGCAAACCGCUCCUCCCUUGGCUUUGAUCCAACAAUUCACAUCUGCAACUCUUGUAACACCGUCCCAAGUCACACCAAUUUGCCGGACGGCUUCGAUACCAUGCUUCCCGGGGCGAUAGGCUGGGUUUACGAUAACGACCAGAAUGUGUAUUGGAUCAUGGAGAUUCUAUGGAAAAGCCGCGGAUUUUUCAAGCGCGGAACCGUCUGUUAUCGCGUUCGAGACAAGUUUGGUCGGGAGUACGCGCUGAAGGAUUGUUGGGUCAACGAGGACGUCAAGGAUGUCGAAAUAGACUUUCUGAAAGCGGUCGACGGCAUCCAAAAUGUGGUUCAACUCGUCAAAUAUUGGGAUGUACUUUAUGAUGGGCAGCCCGACUCCACAUCGCACAUUCGUAGUCAUUGCCCGACAUUCGUAUUUGAGAAAAAAAUUCAUCGCCGUAUUCUCUUGACACCCUGUGGGCUCCCACUGACGCAAUUCAACGACAUACCUGAGCUUAUCGGGGUUUUUCGUGACCUCGUGGUUGCCCACAAGGCCAUGGUUGGCCGACGUGUCCUUCAUGGAGACCUCAGCCCUAAUAAUAUUAUCAUUUACGAAGGAAAAGGUUACUUCAUAGACUUUGACCAUGCAAAGUUUCUCGACACUGGUGGACAAGCUAACAAGAGUCCACGUGGUACUGGAACCGUACCAUACAUAUCCUUCCGCGUUCUCCGCCUAAUGGGAGAUGGCGAUUCGUUCCGACACACGCCCUGCGACGAUCUCGAGUCGCUCUUCUAUAUCCUGCUCGAAUUCACUGUUAUGUAUUUAGGACCCAAGGGUGCACUGGCCCCCCAACCUGACGAAGAAAAUUUGAAACGGGACCCCGUUCGGAGGUGGGGGCUCGCCUAUGAGAGUUUGACACGUGAUGGUCUCGCGACCAGCAGCAUGUGGAAGCGGGAGUUCAUCCAUGGUCUCACUGAUUUUCCGCUAAUUACCUCGUACUUCACCCCCUGCCGCCCCCUCCUCGAUGAGUGGCGUCAGGCGAUUUCAUUCGCAAGUACUCAGUUGACGACCAUCUCUCACGAUAACAUUUGUGAUGUUCUAACACGGGAGUUAAGCUCGAUCAGUCAGCAACUUGCCCAAACACCUCCUGCACUUCCAUCCACGCUGGAGCCAACGAUAGCUCUGUCGUCUCCUGCUGCACCACUCACAUCACAGCUGGUUACAACCGUCGCCGCGUCGCUUACAGUGUCUCCAUCUGUGCCCAGUCUGUCCUCCGCAAAACGCACUCACUACAUCCGAUACCUCUGUAUGGGGCAGAACUGCCAGCUAAACUGGUUGAUUUCCGGGGCGGAAGAACUAGACUAUCAUGAUUACAAGUGUGCUGAAAUCGAGGUGCUGAAAGUUCCGAUUUUUACUCUGAAAUAA